AUGGGAAGAAGAAAGAUCGAGAUCGAGCCCUUGGGCGAUGACCGCACUCGAACCGUGACUUUCGUCAAGCGCAAAGCUGGCUUGUUCAAGAAAGCGUACGAGCUUUCUGUGCUCUGUGACGUUGAUAUGGCAGUAAUAAUCGUGGGCAACGAUCGCGUCUACGAGUACCUGUCCGUCGACACAAAGGAAUUGCUAAAGUAUUACAAGCACCAGAGCCCGUAUGAGCUGAAGCUGCCGGAGGAUUACGGGCAGUUCAAGAAACGUCAUGCGCUCAAGGCGGGAAUAAGGCCUGCGUUCGAAGGUGACGACACGACCGAAAGGAAUGCAGAAUCGGACUGCGAAUCCUUCUCUCCAGAACCCAAGCGCCAGAGAACAAGCUCGUCUCCUCAGAAUAUAUACACGAAAACCCCGCCGGUCAACUCGCAAUUCGUGCAGCUGGCAGCCCCACCCAAGCAGAUGCAGAGACCGCUGGCGGACGUCCCGCUGCAGAGGCCCGUGCUCCGCGUGCAGAUCCCAUCUGACGCCAAAUCCCAGGGAGGGGCCACCGAAUCCGUGACUCCAAUAGAGGGGAUACUCGGUAAGAAGGACAAUCAGCCGGGCUCUGCAGACGGCCUGUCGCUGCAACCGCCGCCGUUGAAUACGGUGCGAACUUCUUUCAAUUCAAAGUUCCGGAGCCCGGAAUCAAGGAAGCAAAUGCCGCAGCUUCACGUUCCCAUGGGCAAGCUGCAGACCCUGAGCCCCUCUACGGGGGCUAUGCCGCAACUCCCGAUCAACGGGUCUGCGAACUUCUUUUCGUCCUUGCCACCACCGUCGCCCUCGGGCCAGUACCCGCCGUCAAUCUUGCCCACGCCCGUCUUUAAUCAAGUAUUCAACCAGCACUACAUGAAUCAAAUGGCCGGCAUGCCGGGCUUGGGCCCUGAUGCCAGCAAGCUCAAACCACCGUUGCAACACCUAUUCACAAACGGGGAACAGACGCCAGUCUCUGGAUUGCCCUCGCGUUACCUAAACGAGAUUUUCCCAUCGCCGUCGAACAUGUACCCGUCGCAAGAAUGGCCCACAGGCUUGACUCCGUACACGUCAACAAUGUCACAUUUCUUCACUGGGAUGCCUCCGAGUGCCAAUGGUGCCACGCCACAUUCCCUAAGCGCACCAUUCGUUCACAAUCAGCGAACAUCCCUACUGGUCGCAGGUCAGCGGGCCCUACCUGUGCGAGCGGCGCUGUCGCUGAAUGUGCAUGCGCCAACAAUCCAGGAAGAUCAACAAACGCAUCCGUCGGCGAACACGCUCCCAAACUUGCCCAGCUCCGAGUUCAUGGGUCAGUUUUACAAGAAAGAAGACUGA